GCUCGGCGAACAUGGCGGCGGCGGCGGUCGGGCGGGACACUUUACCUGAGCACUGGUCCUACGGCGUGUGCCGGGACGGCCGCGUCUUCUUCAUCAACGACCAGCUCUGCCGCACGACCUGGCUGCACCCGCGCACCGGGGAGCCCGUCAACUCCGGCCACAUGAUCCGCUCAGACCUGCCCCGCGGCUGGGAGGAGGGCUUCACAGAGGAGGGCGCCAGCUACUUCAUCGACCAUAACCAGCAGACUACAGCAUUCAGGCAUCCUGUGACGGGGCAGUUUUCUCCAGAAAAUAGUGAAUUCAUUCUUCAAGAAGAGCCGAAUCCACGUAUGUCGAAGCAGGACAGAAACCAAAGACCAUCCAGCAUGGUCAGUGAAACAUCCACAGCUGGGACCGCCUCCACCCUGGAGGCCAAGCCUGGACCCAAGAUCAUAAAGUCCAGCAAUAAAGUCCACAGCUUUGGGAAGAGAGACCAGGCCAUUCGGAGGAACCCCAACGUUCCUGUGGUGGUAAGGGGCUGGCUGCACAAGCAGGACAGUUCUGGGAUGAGGCUGUGGAAAAGGAGGUGGUUUGUGCUUGCUGAUUACUGCUUAUUUUACUAUAAAGACAGCCGAGAAGAAGCAGUCCUUGGGAGCAUUCCCUUGCCCAGCUACGUGAUCUCGCCUGUGGCCCCUGAGGAUCGCAUAAGCCGCAAAUACUGCUUUAAGGCUGUGCACACGGGGAUGCGAGCGCUCAUCUAUAACAGCUCCACAGCAGGCUCUCAGGCCGAGCAGUCGAGCAUGAGGACCUACUACUUCAGUGCCGACACCCAGGAGGACAUGAAUGCUUGGGUCAGAGCCAUGAACCAGGCUGCACAGGUGCUGUCUCGAUCAUCACUGAAGAGGGACAUGGAGAAGGCGGAGCGGCAGGCUGUCCCCCAGGCCAACCACACAGAGUCCUGUCAUGAGUGUGGCCGGGUGGGACCCGGACAUACGAGAGAUUGUCUUCAUCGUGGCCAUGACGACUUUGUCAACUUCGAGAGGCAAGAGCAGGAGGAAGAGCGGUACCGUUCCCAGAGGGACCCACUGGAGGGCAAGCGGGACCGGAGCAAGGCCAGGUCUCCAUACUCGCCAGCCGAGGAGGAUGCCUUGUUCGUGGAUUUACCCGGUGGCCCAAGAGGCCAGCAGGCACAGCCCCAGCGGGCAGAAAAGAAUGGCAUGCUGCCUGCCUCAUAUUGCCCAGGAGAGCAGAACGGGACUGGUGGGUACCAGCGGGUCUUUCCUCCCAGGACCAACCCUGAAAAGCACAGCCAAAGGAAGAGCAACCUGGCCCAGGUGGAGCAGUGGGCAAGGGCCCAGAAGGGGGACAGCAGGAGCCUUCCCUUGGACCAGACACUUCCUCGCCAGGGUCCUGGCCAAUCCCUGUCCUUCCCAGAAAACUACCAGACUCUUCCCAAGAGCACCCGACACCCAUCAGGGGGCUCCUCACCGCCUCCCCGAAACCUGCCAAGUGACUACAAGUACGCGCAGGAUCGAGCCAGCCACCUGAAGAUGUCGAGUGAAGAGCGCCGGGCGCACCGGGAUGGCACUGUGUGGCAGCUCUAUGAGUGGCAGCAGCGCCAGCAAUUCCGGCAUGGCAGCCCCACGGCGCCCAUCUGCCUCGGCUCCCCAGAGUUCACCGACCAGGGCCGGAGCAGGAGCAUGCUGGAGGUGCCCCGCUCCAUCUCUGUGCCUCCAUCUCCCUCAGACAUCCCUCCCCCGGGACCCCCGAGGGUCUUCCCACCCCGGCGGCCACACACACCAGCAGAGAGGGUCACAGUGAAGCCACCGGACCAGAGGAGGAGUGUGGACAUCUCACUGGGGGAUUCUCCCAGGAAGGCACGGGGCCACGCUGUCAAGAACUCAUCUCACGUGGACCGACGCUCCAUGCCCUCCAUGGGUUACAUGACCCACACGGUCAGCGCUCCCAGUUUACAUGGAAAAUCGGCUGAUGAUACCUACCUCCAGCUGAAGAAAGACCUGGAGUACCUGGAUCUAAAGAUGACAGGCCGGGACCUUCUUAAGGAUCGAAGUCUGAAGCCUGUGAAGAUCGCGGAGAGCGACAUUGAUGUCAAACUGAGCAUUUUCUGCGAACAAGACAGGAUCCUCCAGGACUUAGAAGACAAGAUACGAGCCCUUAAGGAGAACAAAGACCAGCUAGAAUCUGUGCUGGAGGUACUGCACAGACAGAUGGAGCAGUACCGAGACCAGCCCCAGCACUUGGAGAAGAUUGCCUGCCAGCAGAAGUUGCUGCAGGAGGACCUGGUUCAUAUCCGAGCUGAGCUCUCCAGAGAGUCCACUGAGAUGGAAAAUGCUUGGAACGAAUACCUGAAGUUGGAGAAUGAUGUGGAACAGCUGAAGCAGACCCUGCAGGAGCAACACAGAAGAGCCUUUUUUUUCCAGGAGAAAUCGCAGAUACAGAAGGAUCUAUGGAGAAUUGAAGAUGUCAUUGCAGGCCUGAGUGCAAAUAAAGAGAACUUCAGAAUCCUUGUGGAGUCGGUCAAAAAUCCAGAGAGAAAAACAGUGCCUUUGUUUCCUCACCCGCCUGUGCCUUCACUCUCAACUUCCGAGGGCAAGCCGCCCCCACAGCCCAGUCCUCCCAGCAGCCCUGUGCGGACCCCUCUGGAGGUUCGACUCUUCCCCCAGCUGCAAACCUACGUGCCGUACCGACCUCACCCACCCCAGCUGAGGAAAGUGACAUCCCCUCUUCAGUCACCAACUAAGACGAAGCCCAGAGUUCAGGAAGAUGAAGCACCUCCCAGGCCCCCACUUCCUGAGCUCUACAGCCCAGAGGACCAGCCCCCAGCCGUGCCACCUCUCCCCAGAGAGGCCACCAUCAUCCGGCACACCUCUGUGCGGGGCCUCAAGCGGCAGUCAGACGAGAGGAAGCGAGACCGGGAGCUGGGGCAGUGUGUGAACGGGGACUCCAGAGUGGAGCUGCGGUCGUACGUCAGUGAGCCUGAGCUGGCAACCCUCAGCGGGGACAUGGCCCAACCCUCCCUGGGACUUGUGGGCUCUGAUAGCGGGUACCAGACGCUGCCAGGCAGAGGGCUCUCAGGGUCCACGUCAAGACUCCAGCAGUCGUCCACCAUUGCUCCCUAUGUCACACUCCGGAGGGGUCUCAAUGCGGAAAGCAGCAAGGCGACCUUUCCUAGACCCAAGAGUGCCUUGGAGCGCCUGUACUCAGGAGACCACCAGCGGGGCAAGAUGAGCGCGGAGGAGCAACUGGAGCGCAUGAAGCGACACCAGAAGGCCCUGGUCCGCGAGCGCAAGAGGACGCUGGGCCAAGCGGAGAGGACAGGCCUGCCCUCAUCUCGCUACCUCAGCCGGCCGCUCCCGGGAGAUCUUGGCUCAUGGAAGCGUGAGCAGGACUUUGACCUGCAGUUGCUGGAACGGGUCGUGCAAGGGGAAAGAAAGGACAAGGAGGAGAAUGGCUGGUUGAAAGUGCAGGCCAUGCCUGUCACUGAGUUGGAUCUGGAGCCUCAAGACUAUGACUUGGACAUCAGCAGAGAGCUGUCCAAACCAGAGAAGGUAUCAAUCCCUGAGCGUUACGUGGAGCUAGAUCCCGAAGAGCCACCCAGCCUUGAGGAGCUGCAGGCGCGGUACCGCAAAGCCGAGAAGAUCCGCAACAUCCUUGCCCGGUCAAGCAUGUGCAACCUGCAGCCGACCUCAGGCCAGGACCGGAACAGUGUGGCCGACCUGGACUUGAAGCUGCAGGAGCAGGAGCGCAUCAUCAACAUCUCCUAUGCCCUGGCCUCCGAGGCCUCCCAGCGCAGCAAGCAGGUGGCAGCCCAGGCAGUGACUGACCCGUGACCCAGUAUACAGAGAAGCCUGGAGCCAGGGGCCCAGUGGAACCAGCUUCCUCCAAGGAGAUCAACCUUUCUUCCCCCAAGGAAACUGCCUCCGGCUGGGCAGGGAAAUCUGGCUGGAGGAAGGAGCAGCUUACUGACUUCGGGUGUUCACCACAGGCGAGGCCCUGACACGCACCCACUAGUUUAGCUCAGACUCCUCUCUACAUAUGAAUAGCAAAGGCACUUUUGAUACACACUGUAAAAUACACUGUAUUUUAAAAUUGGAAUCUAUUUUCUAAUGUUCACCUCAAGGGCUGAGUGGCAGGGAGGGUGAGGAUGCAGGACUUUGCAGCUGCACCUACAGAUUCAGGUACUUUUGGGUGACAGGUGUAGGUGGGGGAAAGGGCAGGGCAAGCAGAGGACAGUUCAACUUCGAACGACCUCAGGAGAAAGUGGGAUUUGAAGAGGCAUUCCCAGUGGAUUCCAGCGUCAGGAUGGUUGGCGUGCUGUCUAGGAGAAGAAGGGCCCUUGGCUGCAGAGCUCAGCUGUCCCUGACCUGAUGACCAGCUCUGUGUGAAACUCCACCAGGAUGGCACCUAGAGCCCAAGUCUGCAUCUUGGCCCUUGGGUUUGGCUUAGGGGCAACAGUGUGUUCAAAAGCACUGGGGCCCACAACCUGCCCACAGGCUUCCCUCAGCAAAGGGCUCUUGUCAGAAAGGAAAAAGCAGUUUGCUUUCAUUGUUUUUUGAGACGGAGUUUUACUGUUGUUGCCCAGGCUGGAAUACAAUGGUGCUAUCUCAGCUCACCAAAACCUCUGCCUCCUGGGUUCAAGCAUUCUCCUGCCUCAGCCUGCUGAAUAGCUGGGAUUACAGGCAUGUGCCACCACGCCCAACUAAUUUUGUAUUUUUAGUAGAGACGGGGGUUUUCCAUGUUGGUCAGGUUGGUCUUGAACUCUUGACCUCAGGUGAUCUACCUGCCUCAGCCUCUCGAAGUGCUGGAAUUACAGGUAGGAGCCACCGCACCCAGCCUGCUUUCAUUUUUAACAGUACACACUGAAGUACAGAAAAGGUGAGAGGAAGCAACUUUCAUUGUAUCAUAGCAAUAAACUCCACACUGGGUGACAUCUACCUAGAAAUCUCUUCCCUCCAACCAGGCCAUGUUGGGAACCUUCCCUGCCUGCCCUUGGAAAACCCCAGUUGGCUUCCCUAGGACUCAGGUCUGGUGGCAGGAAGGCAGCAGUGUGCCCCCACCAUCUCUGAUGGCCUGCUGCUGGCAGGGCCAUAAUGGCAGGACUUGACUUCCAGCCGCACAUGAGGAGGGGGGGCUACCAAGCCAGGUACAGUGCUUGUGGCCCUUUAUUUAAGUUGUGUUCUUAUAUUAUUCUGCAAAUAGAAAAUGAUGUUUAAAUGGAAAAACAACAACAACAACAAAAACCUCCGUUGGGUGGAGCCACACUUUAAAUGAAAAUUUCUCUUUGACUAUGCUCAGAAAAAAAAAAAAUAGAAUUUUGAAUAUAUUUAGCAGUUGCCGUCUAUUUUUAACUAACUCCAUAUGCUGCCAGUAUCGACUUCAUGACAUUUGCCAAAUAAAAUUUUAUUUUUGCCUUUAUAAGAUUUUCUUGGAAAAAAAAUGAAUCAAAUAUUUUGCAAGAAAAAGUUAAUUUAAAAAUGUAAUGGUUUGCAAAAAAAAAAUGUGAUGUACAGAUUAAAAUAUUAACCUGA